CUUGGCGCACGUCGUCAAACUGCGACAGAACGCCGAACACCACACUUCUGUGCGCCAUCACACACCCAUGGUUGCGCUCAAGAAUUGUACCGAUUGGCAUGCUGUAAAGAAUAACGAAUACUGACCGUCAUUGUAAACUCCACCAAUCAUGAGUUUGUUCGGUACAACAACCGGGUUCGGAGCUGGAGGAACAGGGGUGUUUGGAGCCACGACAACAGACAGCCACAAUCCAAUGAAGGAUGUGGAGGUGACUUCGCCUCCCGACGACAGCAUCAGCUGUCUGGCCUUCAGUCCUCCAACCAUGCCUGGCAACUUCCUGAUUGGUGGCUCGUGGGCCAAUGAUGUGCGGUGCUGGGAGGUGCAGGACAACGGACAGACCGUUCCCAAGGCGCAGCAGAUGCACACGGGCCCAGUGCUGGACGUUUGCUGGAGUGAUGAUGGGAGCAAAGUGUUCACCGCCUCCUGUGACAAGACAGCCAAGAUGUGGGACCUCAACAGCAACCAGGCCAUGCAGAUCGCACAGCAUGAUGGGCCAAUCAAAUCGAUCCACUGGGUCAAAGCGCCCAACUACAGCUGUAUCAUGACUGGCAGCUGGGACAAAACACUGAAGUUCUGGGACACGCGCUCCCCCAACCCCAUGCUGUCUCUGCCCAUGACCGAAAGAUGCUACUGUGCUGACGUGGUCUACCCUAUGGCUGUAUUGGCGACAGCAGACCGGGGGCUCAUAGUGUACCAGCUGGAGAACCAGCCCUCGGAGUUCAGAAGGAUAGACUCUCCCCUCAAGCAUCAGCACCGCUGUGUGGCCAUAUUCAAAGACAAGCAGAACAAGCCAACGGGCUUCGCCCUGGGCAGCAUUGAGGGCCGCGUGGCCAUCCAUUACAUCAACCCCCCCAACCCGGCCAAAGACAACUUCACCUUCAAGUGCCACAGGUCCAACGGAACCAACACAGCCACGCCUCAGGACAUCUAUGCUGUGAACGCCAUCUCCUUCCACCCGGUCCACGGCACUCUGUCCACCGUGGGCUCAGACGGCCGCUUCAGCUUCUGGGACAAAGACGCGCGCACCAAGCUGAAGACGUCGGAGCAGCUGGACCAGCCCAUCACCGCCUGCGCCUUCAACAGCAACGGCAACAUUUUCGCCUACGCCUCCAGCUACGACUGGUCCAAGGGCCACGAAUAUUACAACCCCCAGAAAAAGAACUACAUCUUCCUGCGGAACGCGGCCGAAGAGCUCAAGCCUCGGAACAAGAAAUGAUGCGCCGCGCUGAGUCACGAUCGUGCCAUUACGGGGGGAUGCGGCGGAAGACCUGCGGCUUUAGUGUGCGUGUGUGUCUUCGUGAAUAUACACAGAAAGCACCUUCCUUUUCACCAAAACCCCUGGACCAAUGCGGCGGUGCUGCGUAGCGUGCAUGGACCAAUCAACAGAGCCCGCAACCCAACUUGGUAUAGAUGGCAGCUGCAUGGCAUCAUUGGUCUUUGAGGUCGUCGUGGAGAAAGGGGCGGGGCUUAGAUUGUCAUUCAUCUUGUUCUUUUUUUGUUGGAUUCCUGCAACAUUUUUUUUUUACGACCGUUUUCAAAAGACUUUACGUUCCUCUUCGGCUUGGUGUUACUUCAUGGUAUAUUUCAAAUAAUAAUGAUGAGAUGUGAAAUAAAUUACUCUGCGUAUAUUGUAAAAUUCUCACAUUGUUCCAACUUGGAAGUCGAUUAAAAAGGAAUACUGUUGUCGA